AUGGCAGCACGGACGGAUUCCUCGAGCCGAGCGUCACGUCGCCUGAUGUUGAUUCCGCUUACACAUACCCUGCAACCACAAAGAAUGAUUGCCAGAAAGCCUGCCUCCUCAAUUGCUCGUGCACUGCAUUUACUUUCAAACCGCCUUCCGGGCCGUGCCAAAUCUGGUCAGGAGAUCGGUUUUGACAAUAAAUCUGAAACUCUUUGGCAGAGUUUCGACUAUCCUGUUGACACCAUGUUGCCAGGGAUGAGGUUCGGUGGACAGCAAAAGCUAAUCUCUUGGAAAAGUUCAUUGGAUCCUGCUCCUGGGCUUUUCUCCUUUCAUGGGGAUCCAUCUGGGGUCAAACAAUUCGUGCUAACAUGGAACAAUUCUGUACAGUAUUGGGCGAGCGGAGCGUUGGACGGCAAAAUUUUCAGUGGAGUUCCAGAAAUGACAGACAUACGGUUCUACAAUAUCACCGUUGAAAAUACCAAGUCUGGUUGGUAUGUCACAGAUACAUCGAUGCCCAUCCUCUCACGCUUCGUCCUAGCUAAGUCUGGAGGAUUACAAUUAUAUGGUCUGCUUGAUAACAGUAGAAUAUGGAACUUCUUCUGGUCUCAACCAAGAGAUCAAUGUGCCGUAUAUGGUUUGUGCGGCGCUUAUGGAAUCUGCGAUUCCAACAAUAUUCAGUUCUGCAGCUGUGUGGAAGGAUUCACCCCCACAGACAUCCAGGCCUGGGAUUCGCGAGAGUGGUGGUUCAGUGGCUGUGCUCGGCAAAGCCCCUUAAACUGUGAUGCCAAAAAUGGCAGCACGGACGGAUUCCUCGAGCCGAGCGUCACGUCGCCUGAUGUUGAUUCCGCUUACACAUACCCUGCAACCACAAAGAAUGAUUGCCAGAAAGUCUGCCUCCUCAAUUGCUCGUGCACUGCAUUUACUUUCAAACCGCCUUCCGGGCCGUGUCAAAUGGCACUGGCUAUCCAGGGGAAAAUUUGCACCGCGUGGAUAGCCGUGCUUCCUCGGGGCAGCGUAAUUCCUUUUAACAGCAAAGCAGAGGGCACACUCUUCGAAGCCGCAGAGUUGCACGGACGGGAGAGAGGAUUGCACGAUGCUGCAGGAAGUGGCAAGCACAGAAGGCACGGACCGAAGAAGCACGGCUAUCCAGGCGGUGCAAAUUUUCCCCUGGAUAGCCAGUGCCGUGCCAAAUCUGGUCAGGAGAUUUGUUAA